AUGGUCGCAAUUUCAAUGUUCAAACAGGAGGAUGAAAAGGCCUCGGCGCCACUCAGUCGGGUGGAGCAUCAUCCAUUGGCUGGGGAGCACCAAUCAAAGAGAGAUGAAUGGAACUAUGAGUUGAAUGCUAGAAGACGAGCUCUAAGAGCAGUUGUCUAUUUGAUGAUUACCAGUAUUCUCCUUUUGGCUGUUCUUCAAACAUACUACACAUACAACAGACUAAAAGAGCGACAAGUCCCACACAACGAGAGAGGAAUUCAGACUAUUGCCCAUGAGUAUAUUGCCUAUACUGAAAAAUACAACAAGAGCUAUUCAACAAGCAAGGAAUCUUUGAAACGAUUGAAUGCUUACUACACCACCGACGAGAAUGUUGCCAACUGGAAUAAACAGAAGGAGCAUGGAAGCGCUGUCUAUGGUCACAACGAUCUUUCCGACUGGACCGACGAGGAGUUCACCAAGACCCUGCUUCCAAAAUCUUUUUAUCAAAGACUCCACAAGGACGCCGAGUUCAUCAAACCGAUCCCUGAAUCGUUGGCAGCCAUGAAGGGAGAACGCAACGGACCACUUCCAGACUUCUUCGACUGGAGGGACAGAAACGUUGUGACCCCUGUAAAAGCACAAGGACAGUGUGGAAGUUGUUGGGCUUUCGCGUCCACCGCCACCGUCGAGGCCGCGUACGCUAUCGCACACGGUGAGAAGCGAAACUUGUCGGAGCAAACACUGCUCGAUUGCGAUUUGGAUGAUAACGCGUGCGAUGGAGGAGACGAGGACAAAGCAUUCAGAUACAUUCACCGUCAAGGAUUGGCAUAUGCUGUUGACCUACCAUACGUUGCUCACCGUCAAAACACAUGCUCGGUUGAUGGUCACUACAACACCACGAAAAUCAAGGCAGCAUAUUUCCUUCAUCACGAUGAGGACUCCAUGAUCAACUGGCUUGUCAACUUUGGACCAGUUAACAUUGGAAUGUCCGUUAUCCAACCAAUGAGAGCCUACAAAGGUGGAGUCUUCACCCCGAGCGAGUACGCCUGCAAGAACGAGGUGAUCGGACUGCACGCUCUUCUCAUCACCGGUUAUGGAACUAGCGAGAAAGGUGAAAAGUACUGGAUUGUCAAGAACAGUUGGGGAAACACUUGGGGAGUUGAGAACGGAUAUAUCUACUUUGCUCGUGGUAUUAACGCGUGUGGUAUUGAAGAUGAACCAAUUGGAAUUCUGGCUUAA